CUUCUCUCCCCUUUCAUCUCCCUCCACCCCUAUCUACUUAGAGUCUAUUUUUACUUUUUAGAUCUGGCUUUUUUCUCCCACUUCUCCAUUUUUGCUGCUUAUACGGUUUUGAACAGUGAGCUUUCUCUCCAAUUCCGGCACCGGCAAUCAGGUAGAGAUUUUUCAAGCCCAGGAAGAGAAACAUCAAAGUCGGUACUACAUCGCGUCGGCUCUUUCUCCGGUGGAAAUGGUCGGUUUCCGGGUCGGAUAUUUUUCUGAAAUACCAUGCUUCUUCAGUCUCACCAACGCCGGGGAAAAACGUUUGCUUUUGGUACGUGUUCCCUAAAUCAAAGAAGGAAGAUGAAGAGUGAGAAUGAGAAGAGGUAUCAUCCGUAAGAAAUUUACUAAUAAUUUGGAGAAUAGGGGUGGGGUUGCUUUUGGAUCUGAAAAAGAGUUGAGGGAAGAGGAAGGGAGAAAUCAGAAGCGGAUGGGAAGAUUUGAACUAAUAUGAAGUUUUCAACUUCGUGGCAACUCCCUCAAGAUGCAAACCAGAUGUAUCUUUAGAUUCUUUACAGAAAAUCGUCCAGGCGGAGUUCGGCGGUGGGAAUUCCGGCAUGCUUCUCCUCCAGUUCUCCUUCGCCCUAAUGUGGCAACGAAGACUGGGAUUGAGGCAGCAUCGGUCUUUCUUCUUGCUACAGGUCAUCAUCUUCGCAGAUACUAAAACGGUCAGCUCGACGUAUGAAACAAUGGUGGGAGAAGAACAAAGAAACCGAGGAAGAAAGCUGCAGGAAGAGAAAAGAAUAAAGAAAAAGUAAAGACAAUAGAAUUAAAAAAAAAUUAGAAAACAUUUAAAAACACAUAGGCAGUCCAUGUCGGCAUUCAACCGGAAAACCGGGGGUUUACGGCCAAAAGAACUCAAUUGAGUGUUUAUUUAAAGUUCAAGGGUUCAAUUGAUUGAUUUUCAAGUAUAAGGGCCUAAUUGACUUUUUUGCAAUAGUAGGAGGGCUAAUUUGACAGUUUUCCCGCCAUCAAAAUGAAAGCAUAUAUGAAAGCUCUUAGUUUAUGGGAUGUCAUUGAGAGUGACAGUGAGCCUACUCCUCUUCCAGGAAAUCCAACAGUAGCCCAAAUCAAGAAACAUGAAGAAGAAAUGGCACGAAAGCCAAAGGCACUUUCAUGUAUCCAUGCAGCGGUGUUCGAGGAGAUUUUCACAACAAUCAUGGGUUGUGAGUGUCCUAAAGAAGCAUGGGAGAAAAUCAAAGAGGAGUUCGAAGGCAACCAACAAACCAAACUCAUGCAAAUUCUCAACCUCAAAAGGGAGUUUGAGAUGGUGGGGAUGAAAAGUAACGAAGGUGUCAAAGAAUAUGGGAAUAGGUUGAUGUCCAUUGUCAAUCAAAUCAAAUUACUUGGUGGAGAUUUUUCAAGUCAAAGAGUUGUGGACAAGCUCCUGGUAACUCUUCCGGAGAGAUAUGAGACCAAGAUCUCUUCACUUGAAGAUACUAAAGAUCUCUCAAAAUUAACCGUCUUAGAAUUAAUCAAUUCUCUCCAUGCCGUUGACCAAAGGAGAUCAAUGAGGGAGGAAGAAAAUGGACGAAAAAAUGAGGGACUCCUGUUAGCUAAAUCUUCAUUCUCAAAAGGAACUGGCAGCAAAAUUCAAUGCAACAAUUGUCAUAAGGUUGGUCAUGAAGAAAAGGAUUGUUGGCACAAGGGAAAACCACAAUGCUUCAAAUGCAAAAGGUUUGGGCAUCUGGCAAAGAAUUGUAGAUUCCAAACUGAUGACGAAGUCUUGGCACAUAUGGUCGAGGCAGAACCUCUCCUUUAGAAUUAUGGUGAUUAUGUGCACCAUGGGGAGAAGUGCUCCAAAGUGUUUAUUUUGAUGAGACGUGCAUCAAAAUUUGGUGGUGGUGAGAAGUGCAUCACAGAUGAAGAGAAGUGCUUCACAAAUUUAAGAUUAUGGGGGUGAUUGUUGGAAUAAUCUUAAAUUUAGUUAUUAAUUAUUUGGUUUACUUAUUUAUUAAUUAUUUAUUUUUUAUCAUUAAAAAAAUAGUUUGUUUUAUUGUGUGCGUGGGUCAUGUUGUUAGUUUCACAUUUGAAAGUUUCUUCCGUAUUGAUAGGUUCAUGGAGUAAUAAUAGGAGUAGUGGUUAGAAACUGAUGUAAUGACUUUAUAUACUUUCCAGCUUUGUUAUUUUUUUACUUGAAGCAAUAUAAUGAAAAACGAGAUGAUCCCAA